CGGGGGAGGGAACGAGAGUCAGGCAAAUACGGUUAGUGAUAGGGGGGGAUUUGUGUGCCAACGUUUUGGGGUAUGACUGCCGGUUGGACUCGCAAUGCCUCGGCUUCGGAGGAGGGACUACGAGAGAAUAGCGGUUGCCGUCAUGGCUGCCGCAGGCAAGAUGGCGCAGGAUGCCUUCGACAUAGUUGACUUCAUUACUGGGUUCCGCAGUGGCGGUCGGGUGCCUGUGGCCCCUCCGUCACUGGCGAGUCUGGGAUGGGCCAUGGAAGAUGAUGACGACGAUGGGCCAAGCAAUCACAGUCUACUAUGGCUUUGGCCUACGAUUGUGGACAUAACGAAAGUCAUUGCCCGUGCGUCCCCUAGGUGGUGGGUGAUGCGGCGAAGUGCUGGGUUGUGGAAGGAUCUUGUUCCUGAUGAUGACGCGCAGGACGACCACUACCUGAGUCUUCUACGAAUGCGGCGUUCUACAUUCAAUCGUUUGCUGCGGAAGGUUGGCCCUCUUUUGGAGAGGGAGGUGACCACUACNGAGGGAGGUGACCACUACCUGAGUCUUCUACGAAUGCGGCGUUCUACAUUCAAUCGUUUGCUGCGGAAGGUUGGCCCUCUUUUGGAGAGGGAGGUCACCAGAUUCCGUCUCCCUUUGCCACCGGACAAAAAAUUGGCAUAUGCACUCCACAGGUGGGCCCAUGGAGACCACCAUUUGCACAGUUGCUCUGGUUACGGCCUUGGCAAGACGAGCGGGUUGCGUGCUAUAAUGGAGGUUGCAGAAGCGAUUAAUGCCUCCUACCCGAAUGCAGUGGGCUUCGGCGGGUACCCUGAGCGUCAUGCGAGAAUGCAGAAGUUUAAGGCUUUGGGUUUCCCAAAUUGUUGGGGCUGCAUCAACCGUAUGCACGUGUAUGUUGACAAGCCUCGGUCCAAGGACGGGGAUGAGUACUGCUCCGGAAGGAACAACAGGUUCUCAGUCGUCGCGCAACUGGUGGUUGAUGCAGACCUCAAGAUUUUGGACUUUUGUUACGGAUUUCCGGGUACUGUCGGUGAUGCUCGUGUCCUCAAGAACACGUCUUUGUAUCGCCGCGCACUGAAGGGCCACCUUUUCUUGGAUGAUGUCGAUGACCCGUUCUUGGUGCAAGGAGACGCCAUCCCGGGGGUGCCUGGUGGGUACUUGCUCGGGGAUGCCGUGGGCGGGGUCGAUGGCUGUAGAGAUUAUGUCUGUGACAAGCAGUUGUUGGUUGAGGAGCUGGAGAGUGCAGAGCGCGAGCUGGAACACAUGUACAGGGUUCUGGUGGCGAGAGGGGACACCAUCUCUGUUCGAAUGCAAAACGGCAGAGCUGUGUGUCAAACAGAGGUCACACAAGAUAGUGCCAACGCGCUGAGAUGGGCAGCAUUCGUUGCGGACAGGGUCCGGUCAUCACGCUCUGCCCUGCAGCAGUGCUGCGAUCAUCUUGUGACACGACACCUUCACAUACGGCGGGAAUUGCAAAGGUGGAGAAGAAUGUGGGAGGAUAGCCGCAUGCAGCAUGAUGGUGCCGCUGCAGCUUUGAAAGAAGCUCAGCGAGAGCGGGAUGAUGCUCGCAGACGGUGUGAGGCAGCAGAAUCUGAGGUCGCCGUCGCGCGCAGGCAGGCCGAAGAAGCAUGGAGAUUGGUUGAUGACAUUGUGCGCACCGAAACACCAGUCGGGAAGUCGGCGACUGAUGACUUUUGUGAAGUGUUCGAGGGUUUAUCAGUGAAAGAGAAAGGCAAAUCCGUGGACACGGCCCUUCAUACAGGAGCUCCUUCUCAAUCUGUACCUUCAUCUAUGUGUCCAUCUUGCAAGGAUUUGAGCGGGCGUCUCGCACACAUGGAGAGUGAGUUAGUGAAGCUGGAGAUGACAAACGAAAUGCUCCAGUGGCCCGCAUCUGUGUGGGAAGAGAUGGAUAACGAUUUGAAAAAUUUCACCAUCCCUCGAAAGUUCGACCCUCUGCCUGGAUCGUUUUCAUCAGCCACUGAGUUCGGUGACAGGUUUACCGAGUAAAUACAGGGAACGAUAACGGGGGGAGAGAGAGAGAGAGAGAGAGAGAGAGAGAGAGAGAGAGAGAGAGAGAGAGAGAGAGAGAGAGAGAGAGAGAGAGAGAGAGAGAGAAGGACGUCUGCAGCUGCUGGUGCUGAGGGCAAUGUUCGACAUUUUUUAUAUGCUCACAAAGCAGCUUUGGCUGCAGAACUUG